CUCCUCCUGGACGCGCUCGCCUGGCGCGGGCGCCGGCGGCCGCACGUCAUCGACUACGCGGAGAUGGAGCGCGAGAGCCGUACGGGCAAGCUGCGCGUCGCCGAGUCGCUCGACCGCUGGGGCCGGCCCGUCGUCGUCUUCGACAACACGGUGCAGAACACGAAGGACAGCGCCGCCCAGCUCCGGUGCCUCGCCUUCGUGCUCGAGCACGCCCUGCGGCGCGUCGACGGGACCCGAGUCUCGAAGUACGUCAUCUUCAUGCACCUCUCCGACUUCUCGCUCUUCAACAACCCGCCGUGGUCCGUGACCCGCGAGACCAUGCUCAUGCUCAUGUCCUGCUUCGCCGAGUGCUGCGGCCACAUCGUCGUCCACGGCGCGCCGCGCGUCUUCCGGGGCGUCUUCGCCGCCGUGAAGCCGCUGAUCGAUCCGAAGACGGCGACGAAGAUCGUCUUCGUGUCGCCGGGCGACGCCGAGGAGCCGAUCAUGCGC